AUGAGCGAUAAGGAUAUUCGUAACAUGCAUCAAAUACAUGUGAACUUAAAUGCGACAGUGAUCGAGAUGGUUGUUACUCAUUCUUCAAGCUUGAUCGAAGCUGCUAAUGUGGUAAUCAAUACGAGUGGCUCAUCCCAUGGUGCCGAAAUUAGUUGGAGAUCCAAAAAUAUUUCAAAGAGUAGCUCAAGUAAUUUUAUCCAAGUUGUUGAAGAAACAAGAGCUGCAAUUGAAGAGGAAGGAAGUCAAAGAAAUUCCUUGGAUGCUUGGAAAAGCUGUAUAGAGGGUGUUGGUCAGGAGUUCAAGAAUGUCGAAACUCUUCGUGACACCAUUCGCAACUUGUGUAUCACAAAUUGCAGAUAUUUUGUGUUCAUGAAGAACGAUCGUGAGCGAGUUACUGUGGAAUGUGCAUAUGAAGAAUGUGAAUGGCGUAUCCAUGCUUCUCGACUUGGUAAUGGUGAAAAGUUUGCAAUUAAAAAAUUGAACAGUAACCAUACAUGUGGAGGAGGGAUGCAAGUCCGAUCGCAUCUGAAGGCUUCGAAACGUUGGGUUUCGAACAUUGUUAAAGAUAAACUUCAAGAUAUGCCAUUAUAUAAGCUGACUGACAUUAUAAAAGAUAUUCGUCGGGAAUAUGGUGUUCAAUUGCCGUAUCAUCAAGCUUGGCAUGGUAAGGAGCUGGCUAUAAAGGAGAUUUAUGGUGAUAGAUCACUAUCUUAUGAUCGAAUUCGGUGGUAUUGCGAUGCCAUUGUUCAAACCAACCCCGGCAGCAUUGUAGAGUACGAAACAAUUAAAGGUCGAUUCAGACGUCUGUUCAUUUGUUUUCAUGCUUCACUAUUGGGUUUCAUAAAAGGAUGUCGACCUCUAAUUUUUAUGGAUGGGACAUUUAUAAAACAUAAGGAUGGAGGUGUAUUGCUUGGCGCCACUGCCAAAGAUGGCAAUGAUGAUAUGUUUCCUAUAGCAUAUGGUGUGGUAGAUAUAGAAACUGAUGAAAACUGGGAAUGGUUUUGUCAGAUUUUCAAGAAGCUAUUCAUAGUUGCAGUGCUUGUCCAUUAUCGUGCAGCUGAGAGAAAGAGGCUCCUUGAUUUACUAAAUGCUAUUGCGUAUACUCCAAGGCUUAAUGUUUUUCAAAAGCUAAUUGGGAAGCUUACAUCAGAAGCCCCUGGUGCUUCCACCUUUCUCCUACAUGCCAACCCCGAGUAUUGGGCAAAUGCAAUUUUUUCAGGUCCAAGCUAG